AAAAAAUGAAAGUAUUUCUCGCAUUGUCUUUCCUGUCGAUCGUUUCUGGGGAAUAUUUGGAGGGUUACCACUUGGAUGUCCCUCUUCUGAAAAGCUUAAAAGACGUAGGGUUGCGUUCUUGUUGCAAGGAAUGUUCAGCCUACACGAAUUGUCAGUCCGUCAAUUACAACAAAAAUGACUUUUCUUGCGAGUUAAACUACCAUCACGUGUCUGGAUUGUCCGACAAAACUGCUCUCAAUGAAUCCGUUUACAUGGACAGGGUCCACUGCCUCACACUAGCUUCCUGUAGUGCGAAUUUUUGUAAUCUUACAUGCAAAAUUAACGAAAAAUGUGUCCUGACUUCAGCUCAUCAACCGACAUGUAUAAUCUCAGAAUGCGACCCAGUUGAUAUUAUACCGGACAUAAUACCUAUCAAUAUGAGUAGAUUAGUUGGUAUUAGGCGUUCAUUACGGUGCUCGACACAACCAUAUCCUAGUAGACAACGAGUCAGGUGUGACACAGACGGACAAUGGAUUCGGCAAUACGACACUUGCAAAUGUUUUUCCGGCACAUUUUGGGGUGGCGGCAGCACGUGUAUUGAAUGUCCCGCAGGACAACAUUUGCCCUACGAUGAUGUGGCGGGAAAUGCUUCGUGCAUCGACUGCCCUGCUGGAAGUUACACACCUGGUCCAGGAUAUGCCGAUUGUCUCGCUUGUCGUCCUGGGUAUUACGCACCAAAGACAGAGUCUUCAUUUUGCAAGGAAUGCCCUGCCGGAUCUUACACACCUAGUCCGGGAUAUGAUCGUUGCAUGGAAUGCCCUGCUGGGUAUUUUUCACGGUUCCCAGGAUCCAAUUCCUGCACUGUGUGUCCUGCCGGUUCUCACACACCUGGUCCCGGAUAUCGUUACUGUAUUUUAUGUCCCGCCGGAUUUUCCUCACCAAUUCCGGGAUCCGACUCCUGCAUUGAAUGUCCUGCUGGAUAUUGCUCACCAGAUCCAGGAUAUGACUCCUGCAUUAAAUGCCCUGCUGGAUAUUACACACCGGAACCAAGAUGCAAUAGCUCUUGCACUGCGUGUCCCCCUGGAUCGUACCAAAGCGAGGCUGGACAAACUAGUUGUCCUCUUUGUCCAGCAGGAAGUUAUAGCGUAUUUGAAGCAUCUUUAAAUUGUAGUAAAUGUAAACCGGGAUAUUACACACCUAGAGCAGGAUAUGAUUCGUGCAAGGAAUGCUCUGCCGGAUCUUACACCCCUAAACCUGAAUACGAUUCCUGCAUUAAAUGUCCCGCUGGAUAUUUCACACCGAACCCUGGAUUCGAGUUUUGCAUUGCCUGUCCUGUCGGGUUUUACACACCAAAAGAAGGAUAUGAUUCGUGCAAGGAAUGUUCCGCCGGAUCAUAUACACCAACUUCAGGAUACAGUUAUUGCAUCAAAUGCCCUCCUGGGUAUUACAAACCAAGUUCAGCGUACGAUUCUUGCAUUAAAUGUCCUGCGGGUUACCAAGCACCGUAUUCAGGAUCUGAGGUUUGCACCGAAUGCCCCGCUGGACAUUACACACCGAGUCCAGGAACCCCUUCUUGCAUAAAAUGUCCUGCUGGACAUUACAUACCAAAUCCAGGAUCGGAGAGCUGCAUCGCAUGUCCCAUGGGAUCAUACCAAAGCAAUAGCGGACAAACAGAUUGUCGCCUUUGCGAUACCGGAAGAUAUAGUAAAGUUGAAGCAGCUGAGCACUGUAAACAAUGUAAACCCGGAAGCUAUAGCGAUGUAAGAGGAGCUUCGUCCUGCAAGCUUUGUCCUGUACAGACUUACCAGAAAUAUUAUGGGGAAGACAACUGUAGAUCGUGUGAGACUGCUACUGUCGUAGGCGCCACAGUGUGUCCUGAUGAUGUGGUCACAACGGUCAGUUGAUAGGAGCUACAUUAGUUAUAGAAAAGGUAUCUGAUCGAGUGUUAGGGUGGAAAAUAGAUGCAAAAAAUCAGAGGUACUGCAUCAAUGGUUAGCGUUGCACUUAAAAACAAUUAUAACUUAUAUUGAUAAGAAUCAACCCAGAAUUAUAAAUUGCCGAUCACAUUAGCUUUUCUUUGAUAAAAUCGAUCAGUGUAACGUUCAAAUUUUUGGAAUAAAUCAUAAAUUAUAUAUUCAGAAACAACAGUUGCUUUUAUUCAAUUUGAUUUAUUUAUAGGUUUUGAAGUUACAGGAAACUAAUAAAUAUCAAAGGGUCACACGUCUUGGUUGAAUCCAACGAUGACGAUGUAUUUCUAUUCAUAUCUAGGUUUUUAUCUAGAACCUGAAGUAAAAUUUGCUUUUAAUGCAACAAUGGAUUUUAUUCUGCGAAAUGCCCUGGUUUCAUUAUUGUAACUACAUGUUUUAUUUGUGCAACAUUCAAU